AUGUGCUCCCCACCUGAUAUCAAACUGUUGUAUGUUACACCUGAGAAAAUCGGUGCGUCUGGAAAAUUGGCAUCAGUCUUUGGAAGUUUACAUCGUCGUAAUUGUUUAUCACGAUUCGUCAUUGACGAGGCGCAUUGCGUAUCCCAAUGGGGCCAUGAUUUCCGACCAGACUAUACGAAACUACAAUCACUACGACGCGACUACGCUCAGCCAAAGGUGCCGAUAGUCGCCCUAACAGCGACAGCGACGCCGAAAAUUGUGGCCGACACAAGAGACCAUUUAGGUAUCGUGGACUCAAAACUGUUCAUAAGUAGCUUUGUGAGAUCAAACCUCACUUACGAGAUUAUGCCAAAAGCGGCGAAAACGUUUGUGAGUGUUAUUCAAAGGAUGAAACAAUUGUACCCCGGAAAAGCUGGCAUCGUUUAUUGUUUAUCAAGAAAUGAGUGCGAAACUGUGUGUACAACGUUGACGAAAAGUGGAAUACUGGCUGAAGUUUAUCAUGCUGGUCUUUCUGAUAGUAAGAGAGUGAAGGUACAACAUAGUUGGUUACGGAAUAAUAUUAAUGUAAUCUGUGCAACAAUUGCUUUCGGAAUGGGUAUCGACAAACCAGGACGUGCGCUUUGUGAUCCACUACAGUUCCAAAAAAAAUCGCAUUUUAGUCUCCCGAAAUCGAUUGAGGGUUACUAUCAAGAGACUGGACGAGCUGGACGAGAUGGGAAUCCAUCCUACUGCUUACUGCUUUACAGUUAUAAUGACAUGCAUCGUCUACGAAGAAUGAUUGAAGGUGACGACAGUCAAGCACCAGCAAGUGUCCGAUCUAUGCACUUACAAAAUAUCUACCAAGUGGUAUCGUACUGUGAAAACAUUUCGCUCUGUAGGAGAAAGAUUCUCGUUGAGCAUUUUGGAGAGGUGUAUGAUGCGCAGAUGUGCCUGAAAAGCAGUACACCUUGCGAUGUGUGUCGACGCUUGAGGCACGCACCAGAUGCAGUGAAGCUGUACGACAUGUCUGAUGAGGCGUUCAUGAUUUUGUCAGCGAUGACCAAAAUGCGCAACGUCACGUUACGGUACUUAGCGGAGCUGUUUCGAGGACAACUCAAGAAGAAGGACGCAGCGGAUGCAGCGCGGCUCGGACAUAAUUCGUUGCCAUUUUAUGGCCGAGGUUUCGGCAUGGCUGAACAAGACUCAUAUCGGUUUCUGAGAAAAUUGGUAAAAAUAAUAAUGGCAUCGUCUAUCGUGGAAGUCUUUUCUGUGUUGCUUAAUCAACAAUUCAAAUGA